CAAAAUAUAUAAUUUUUUAAUUUCUUUAAAUUUUCUAAACAUAACAAAAAAAAAAAAAACAACAAACUAUGGCACAUACUUGUAAAUCAUUGAAAGAAUUGUCCUCCCAAGGCCACUGGGAUGAGGUGUUUAGCUGUUUAAAUAUUGAGGCCAAUUCCACCAUAGAGUUAGCCAGCUUCAAAAUUCCUCAGCAAAAAAACGAUUUGUGGCUAGAUGACCAUAAGGCAACCUUAAAUACUUUGGAAGUAAUUUUGGGUUUUAUAAUAUUGUGUGAUCAAAUAUUUUACAUACUUUUACUGUUAUAUUUGGCGCUAUUUAUGGUUAAAUUUGCACGUAUACAUAUAUUUUCAAAAAUGAAAAAGUGUAUUUCAAAAACUAAAAUAACUUUGAAAAAAUUUCAAUGUGUAAAAAGGAACAAAAACUGAUAUCCACAACUCAUCUUCAAUGUAAAAUUUAGAACAUUAAAUAAA